AUGGGCAAACAGUUUGCGUUUGGAGUUCCAGAGAUGGGAAUCAAAAUGUUGAGCAUGAAAGCGCAGGUGGAUGUGGUCUGCUGUAAAUCAGUAGGAACUGAUCUGUCCAUGCUGGAUAUUGAGGAUUUCAUCACAGAAAUCUGUCAGCUGAAGAAAGAGGUGGCUUCACUGGAGGCAAAGCUGAGAGAAAGAGGAGACAAACUGAACAGAGAGGAUGUGGAGCAGGUUUGGGUGCGUGAGACUGAUGGGACAGAAGCUCAGGAUUCAGUCUGGAGCGUCAGAGAUCAGAGAUCCAGAGACACACAGGACUCAGAGCUCAGCCUCACUUUACUCUGUUAUACUGACGCUCAGGAUCAUGAAUCCACUGAUCAAACCUCUGACUGUAACGCUGGAGAACAGCAGAUGCUGCAGACGCCGCUGAAGAUGUGCUCCGUCAAACUGGUGGACUGCAGGAACCUGAUCGAGAAUGACAAGGGCUGUUCAUCUUCUGAUGCAGAAACAGACUUAACAUCAAAAGAGCAGCUGACGGUCAAGAGUUUCUCCUGCAGCACCUGUGGAAAAACACUGAGUUCAGUGGGUAAUUUAAAGAGACACGAGAGAAAACACACAGAACAGAAAGACUUCAGCUGUAAGAUAUGCAACAUCAGCUUUCCUACCGCAGAAGAGAGGAGACUUCAUUCAAAAGAGCACAGCGGGAAGAAGGAGUAUCACUGUGAACAGUGCGGGGAGAUUUUUUUCAUUCAUUCUAGACUAAAACUUCACUUAAAGACUCACGGUGAAAAGUCUUUCCACUGCAGCGAAUGUGACAAGUAUUUCAGCACCAAAGGAAAUCUUGUUGUUCAUAAGCGAAUCCACACGGGUGAAAGACCAUACAAGUGUCCGCACUGCAAGAAGAGCUUCAUAAAUGGAUCUCAAAUGAGGAGACAUGUGAGUGUUCACACUAAUGAGAGACCGUAUCAGUGCAGUGAAUGUGGGAAAACCUUCAGAACCUCUGACUGUCUAAAGUCACACCAGAAAAUCCAUUCUGAUGAGAAACCAGGUGAGAAACCGUUUCAGUGCAAACACUGCGACAAACGAUUCCGUAAACGAUGUGAUCUGAAUUAUCAUGAUAGGAUUCACACUGGAGAGAAACCAUAUCUGUGCUCCCACUGCGGGAAAGGCUUUGCUAAUCCGGAUUGUUUUUUAGCUCAUAAGCGAGUCCACACCGGAGAAAAACCAUAUCACUGCAGCAUUUGUGGAAAGAGUUUCAGUAGACUUAGUACUUUGCAAAACCACAAGAGGAUUCAUACUGGAGAAAGACCGUUCAAAUGCUCACAAUGUGACAAGACGUUUUCUCGAUCAGACGUCCUUAAGGUCCAUCAGCGAGUUCAUACAGGAGAGAAACCUUACUCCUGCUCCAACUGCAGCGAGAGAUUCGCUUAUUUAGGUAGUUUCCAGACCCACCAGAACAAACACGCUAAAGAACAAACUGCUCCAGAAUCAUCAGAGUGAC